AUGGCGGGGCUGUACUCGCUAGGAGUGAGCGUCUUCUCCGACCAGGGCGGGAGGAAGUACAUGGAGGACGUUACUCAAAUCGUGGUGGAGCCCGAGCCGACGGCUGAAGAAAAGCCCUCGACGCGGCGGUCGCUCUCUCAGCCGUCGCCUCCGCAGCGGUCACCGUCGACUCUUGCUGGCAGCGAAGUCUCGGGGAGAGGCCCGGCGGCGGCAGCCCGAGAAGCUCGCGACCCUCCCCCGGACUCCGCGGCCUCACCAACUCCCGGUCGCUGCUGCCGCCGCCGUUCCUCAGUGGCAUUUUUCGCCGUGUGCGACGGGCACGGCGGGCGGGAGGCGGCACAGUUUGCCCGGGAGCAUUUGUGGGGUUUCAUCAAGAAGCAGAAGGGAUUCACCUCGUCCGAGCCGGCGAAGGUUUGCGCUGCCAUCCGCAAAGGCUUCCUAGCUUGUCACCUCGCCAUGUGGAAGAAACUGGCAGAAUGGCCAAAGACUAUGACAGGUCUUCCCAGCACAUCAGGGACAACUGCCAGUGUGGUCAUCAUACGGGGCACGAAGAUGUAUGUAGCUCACGUGGGUGACUCAGGGGUGGUUCUUGGAAUUCAGGAUGACCCGAAGGAUGAUUUUGUCAGAGCUGUGGAGGUGACACAGGACCAUAAGCCAGAACUUCCCAAGGAAAGAGAACGAAUCGAAGGACUUGGUGGGAGUGUGAUGAACAAGUCUGGGGUGAAUCGUGUAGUUUGGAAACGACCUCGGCUCACUCACAAUGGACCUGUUAGAAGGAGUACAGUUAUUGACCAGAUUCCUUUUCUGGCAGUAGCAAGAGCGCUUGGUGAUUUGUGGAGCUAUGAUUUCUUCAGUGGUGAGUUUGUGGUAUCACCUGAACCAGACACAAGUGUCCACACGCUUGACCCCCAAAAGCACAAGUACAUUAUCUUGGGGAGUGAUGGACUUUGGAAUAUGAUCCCACCGCAGGAUGCCAUCUCAAUGUGCCAGGACCAAGAGGAGAAAAAAUACUUGAUGGGUGAGCAUGGACAGUCUUGUGCCAAAAUGCUUGUGAAUCGAGCACUAGGCCGCUGGAGGCAGCGUAUGCUUCGAGCAGAUAAUACUAGUGCUAUAGUGAUCUGCAUUUCUCCAGGAGUGGACAGUCAGGGAAAUUUCACCAAUGAAGAUGAGCUCUAUCUGAACCUGACGGAUAGUCCUUCCUAUAAUAGUCAAGAAACCUGUGUGAUGACUCCUUCUCCAUGUUCUACACCACCAGUCAAGUCACUGGAGGAGGACCCAUGGCCACGGCUGAACUCUAAGGACCAUAUACCUGCCCUUGUUCGUAGUAAUGCCUUCUCAGAGAAUUAUUUAGAAGUCCCAACUGAGAUAGUUCGAGGCAAUGUCCAGGCGGCAGUCAUACCCGCAAAAGAUCCAGAGCCACUUGAAGAAAACUGCACUAAAGCCCUGACUUUAAGGAUACAUGAUUCUUUGAAUAAUAGCCUGUCAGUUGGCCUUGCGCCUACCAAUUCGACAAAUGCCAUCAUGGACCAAAAAAAUUUAAAGAUGUCAACUCCAGGUCAAAUGAAAGCCCAAGAAGUUGAAAGAACCCCUCCAGCAAACUUUAAAAGGACAUUAGAGGAAUCCAACUCUGGUCCUCUUAUGAAGAAGCAUAGACGAAAUUGUUUAAGUAGAAGUAGUGGUGCUCAGCCUGCAAGCCUCCCCACCACCUCACAGCGAAAGAAUGCUGUUAAACUUACCAUGCGACGCAGACUUAGGGGCCAGAAGAAAAUUGGAAAUCCUUUACUUCAUCAGCACAGAAAAACUGUUUGUGUCUGCUGA